AUGGAGACGACUCACCGGUCAACCUCGGUCCUCAUCCCAAAUCGAUUCGACUCAAAACAAAAGAAUCACAAUUCUGCUUCUUCGUCAUCGUCAUACCGCACAGAUGUCCCACCGGAAAUCCCACCGUCGCCGACUCUGACGAACCCUGACAUGAUCCUUCCAGAUGACGGCGAACGUCAAUCGUCGACGCCCUCGCCGCCGUUCCAGUUCUCUUCCUCCGACUCCCACAUGCUGCAAGCUCCUGGUGGAGACGCCUACUACCAUUCCAAUGGCUCGUCAUAUCGCCCUCCGCCGCCCAGAUGGACGUACGAUGGCCACGGUCGACCUCUGUCUGACAUUGGGGAGGAAGAUUUUCAGCCGUCACCCUCUUCCGGAGGCAGAUAUACCUCCGACAGGUAUCCUGGAAAGUCGGAUUCUGACAGUAUUGGCUCUGGCUCGACAAUUAGCGUCGGCAGUCAGCAACGACGACGACAACAACAACAACAACAACAAGAAGAAGAAAAUGUGCGCACCGCAGAACCUGGGGACCACGAGACUGAUCUAGACUCUAAGCGUAAUAGCCUCGUUAGUCAGAGAAGUAUAGAGCGUGCGCGCGCCCAGGCCGGUGAUGCUUUAGCUUCCGGACCAUUGCAGUCGUCCGAAGAAGAGAGCUCCUCUGCUAUCCUGAGCAGCGAAGCGGAGCGCAUUCUCGAGAAUGCGAAGCGAAGGCUAACCUUGAUGGAGGGAAAUCUCACUCGCGCUCGGUCGUCAAUGCGUCUAACCCAGACUCCUUCUCCUUCUCCCAACUCAUCUGGUCACUUACUCCCGACGCGCAACCUCCAGCCGGCUGGGGAGCUAUACCGAUCUAUAUCUCAGACUGACCGCAGGAGCUCGCUACUUCGACCACGUCCAGUAUAUUAUACUGCACAAGAAGGGGGUCACUCGCGGGGCCACAGCGAGACUAAUAUCUCGUCAGCAGACAACUCCAACCCUCCCACGAUUCACCCCUCGCGCUCUAUGAGCGCACUAGCAUCUUCUAGCUCUUCACGAUACGAGGCCGCAGAACGAUCGUUCCCGUACAACGCCGCAGAAAACAAUGGCUAUACUCAACCAAUGUCCGGUCAGAACCCACCGUCAAUGCAAGACUUUCUCCGAGAAGACGAGCUUCGCAGAACAAAAUAUUAUAAUUCCGAUAUCAAUGGAUCAGCGGGGUUGGGUAUUUCCUCUUCCAAGACUAUGCCAAAAAUGGCGUCCAUGGAUGACUUUAAUUCUGCGUAUCCACCGGAUGACCCUCCGUCUCGCGCGCAGUCGCAGUUGCAAGUUCGUGAUCUGAAAGACCAAGCUGCAGGGCUCAGGACAAAAGUCGCGCUUCUAAAAGUCAAGACGCAAGAAGAUAGCCUUCGGCGUCGAAGUUUACAGAGCUUGCGCACGCCAAGUCCAUUUACAGCAGCUGAUCGAUGGUAUUCCAGCACAUUGGAACAUGGCAAUUUCGAUGCCACAUACGGAUGGGUUCCUGAAGCAGGAAUCACACAGGAGGGUAGUAAUGGGCAGAGUUUGAGCAGUGGCACUAGCGAAGUCACAGUUGAUGUUCCGGCGGAAUCACAGAUACGCGAGAACACGGCUGAAGCGCUGCAUCAAAUAGAUGAUCAGUUUACAUACGAGACUGAUGAAAAUUCUAUGCUAGAAAGCCACUAUGAAGACGCAGAAGAAGGUGGAUAUGACGAGGAGCAAGAGCGAGAUAUCGAUCGCAAUGCGCUGAAUAGGAUCUUGAAUGAACCCUACGAUGAUGAUGAUGAUGACCACGAUGACGGUAGUGAUAUCUUCGAGGACUUUCCCCCUGGAAAUCCCCCGGAAGCAACGCCUCAUGAGGAGCGUGAAGACGCAUUCGAUUAUGAGAAUUUCUACCUUCACAGUGCCCUGGGGACAUAUUCAAGAUCGAAAAUGCGAAGGCGCAGCUACGAUUCUACGGGUUCAAAUGAAACUACGAGACCCUUGCAAGACCAGAGAGCUGGCAGACAUAGUCGCAGCGGAAGCGGUGACUCGGUAUCAACAUUCGCAACAUUUGCUACUGCGACUGAAAACGCCUAUGAUGGUGAUCAAGAUGAUGCUCUGCAUGCGAUCGAUCGAAUAGUCGAUGGCUGGGAUGAAGAAAAUGAAGAAGAUGCAUCAACUCCCGUCCAAAGUCGUAGAGCCACGGUGAUAAGCAGGGUUGAUGAACCGCGUUAUCUUGCGGCAGCAAUUCGUGAUGAAAGUCCCCUCACUCCAACAAGGUCACAGUUCGGUCCAGCAGCAAGGGGGUUCAUGAAAGGCCGUGAUGUAUCAACGCCAUCAACUCCUAUCGAUGCAUUCAUGUCAUCACUCUCGCGGCCAUCGUCGUCCAGACCGCCAUCGAGUUUGAAAGCAGACGACACCAGGUUAUUGGAACAAGUUUUCGAAAGUUUAGGGAAAGUCUGCACCGAAUUACAAGAACUCACCCUCGCGGCCCCUUCUUCUGACAUUGACAUUGGCGAUGGGAGUAGCAGCGGUAGCGGCAGUGGUAAUACACCAACCGCCGAUCCAAAAUAUAUUCGCACGUUGCGCAGGAGACUUGAUGCUGCUCGACGUGUACUUGAUGGCCAACUUGAUUCGGAUGCUUAG